AGAGAGAGAGAGAGAGAGAGAGAGAGAGAGAGAGAGAGGGACAGAUGGGAAGGCGUGAUCGUGUCGGAUCUGGUAAGCAGCGGGAAUGGCGGUUAAAAGGCUUCUAGCCCUGUACCGUUCUUUAGCCGCUUCGGUAUCCCCCGUUCCGAUCUGCGGUUGCCCUUUCUCCGAUCGCCCCUAGUUCUGUGUUUGGACACGGAUCGAGGCCCUGGAAUCGGUCUCUGGACGUGGGACGAGGGAAUUGCUUGGGUCUGAGAAGUGAAAGUUGGAGGCUUUGGUCGUUCGAUGGUGGUUGCGGAGUCUCCGAAGCUGAUUUAUAUAGUCGUGGUGAACGAGGGAGAGGACGGGAGGGGCGGUGGGUCGUUUCGCUACACGCGGCCCGUGCUUCAGAGCACCCUGCAGCUCAUCGGAUGCAAGCCUCGCCAUGCUUUCAAGAUAAGUCGAAGGGCAUAUGAAAUUGUUCAAAGCAAAUGCUCAGCUGAUGGUUCACGUUCUGAUGCUGCUGGGACGUCAGUAUCAGGUUUGUGGGACGGAAGUAUCCAAGCUGAACCCUUGAACCUUAGGGAGGCGAACCUUCAGUCAUCUAAAGGAAAUGUAGAGACUAGAAGCUCGAUCCCAUUUGAACUGUACAAGAGGCAAACAACUGCUUUCGUUACAAGAGACACUUUCCUGAAUCUUGUUUGUGAUGCACUCUCCGAAUACAAGUAUGUUGGACCAAAUCAAAGAACAGACUUGGUUUUGGCAUGCAGAAUCCGGGAAAGAAAGGAAUCAGUCACAAUUCUUUUAUGUGGUACAAGUGGGUGUGGCAAGUCGACUCUUUCAGCCUUGCUGGGAAGCAGACUGGGCAUCACUACUGUGAUUUCGACUGAUUCAAUACGCCAUAUGAUGAGGAGCUUUGUUGAUGAAAAACAAAAUCCUCUCCUUUGGGCUUCAACCUAUCAUGCUGGAGAAUGCUUAGAUCCUGUGGCAGUUGCACAAGCAAAGGCCAAAAGAAAAGCAAAAAAGCUGGCUGCUCCUCCUCACUCAUUGCCUAAGCAAGAACUUGAUGGUCCUUCAAAUCAACAGCAUGAUGACCAACUCUUAGACACAUCUGGUGAGGCUGAGAAAAUUGGUAAAAAGCAAAUGGCUAUUGAGGGGUAUAAAGCACAGAGUGAAAUGGUCAUUGAUAGCCUUGAUCGGCUCAUUUUUUCAUGGGAAGACCGGAAAGAAUCUGCUGUAGUUGAGGGUGUUCAUUUGAGCCUUAAUUUUGUGAUGGGCUUAAUGAAGAAACAUCCGUCUGUUGUACCAUUCAUGAUCUAUAUCGCAAAUGAGGACAAGCACGUUGAAAGGUUUGCUGUACGUGCAAAAUACAUGACUUUGGAUCCUGCAAGGAAUAAAUAUGUAAAGUACAUUAGAAAUAUCAGAACGAUUCAAGAAUAUCUCAGCAACCGUGCCAACAAACAUUUAGUGCCCAAAAUAAAUAAUACAAAUGUUGACCGGAGUGUGGCACUAAUUCAUGCAACAGUCUUCAGCUGCCUACGCAGGCGAUUGGCGGGAGAGGAGCUGUAUGACUCUACGACAAACACAGUGCCUAUAAUAAAUGAAGAAUACAGGAAACAAUGCACUGCCAACUCAAUGGGCUCUAAGGGAAUGUUUAAGUUGAUUCAGAGACAGGGGUCCUCGAGACAUUUAAUGGCUCUAUUUAACACUGACGGUUCUGUUGCCAAGGCUUGGCCUGUGGAAUCUGCCGAUGGUAAAAUCAUGUCUGGAAAUGUAGGAAAGAACUGUUUAACCAUAUAUGGUCCCUUACAGGUAGGGAAGGCAGAGGAAGUGAAUCUCCAGUUUGGUACUUUUGGGAUCAGUGCUUGGCCUAGUGAUGCCGGUGGCACCAGUCACACUGGAAGCAUUGAUGAUUCCAAGGCUGACUGCAUUGACACUGGUAGCAGAUAUUUCUCUUCUCGUUGUAGCUCUCCGAGGUUAUCCGAAGGACCUGCGAAAGAGCACAAGGAUGACAUAUCGGUGCCCGACAGUGAAGAGGAAGCUGAGGAGGAAAGUAAUGAUGAUCAAAGUGAUGUCGACAAGAAUGACAUUGCUGAAGAGCUUGAAGGCUCUGUUGACGAGGGUUCAACCAAGUCCGAUGAAGAGUUCGAGGACUUGGCCAUGCAAGACAGCCAGGAAAAUGGUUAUUGGACAGACGAUGAUGAACCAACUAACAUCAAGAAACUAACAAGUGAGAAGAAACUAACGAGAGAUAUGUCGGGCAAGAUUGUAAGGGGUGAUCUGACAGAAAAGAAGUCGCAAAAUCUCCGUAGUACCCACAAAAUAUACACCCGUGCAUCUGACCCCUCAUGCUAUCAUUCUUUGCUUGCUGAGAACCUGAGAAGCUUGAGCUUGAAGACAAAGAAGCAUCUUCCUACCAACUCUUUGCAAUCUUAUCGGCGCUCCCGAAGCAUUCCUGCUUCUGCCGAAUCUGGUUUGUGAUGAUGGCCUUCUCCUUGUACGCUCACUAACCGGUACUAAUUUUUGUAGAAUUAAACUUGUAUCCUAUCUGUCUACUCUCCUUUUGAUCUUUUGGCUGAAACUGUUAGACAAACACCAAUGGUUUGAACAUACAAGGGCAACAGUUCUUUUGUAGAUUGCAACUGCUAUAUUAUCUAAAAUGAACACCAUGACUGGUGAUGGCUGAAGGAUUUCAAA